AUGAGCAAUGGUACUCUUUCUGAUUUUAUACACACAAAUUUAGAGAAUAAUCCAACUUGGAAAAUUCGUCUUAAGAUAGCAACAGAGGUAGCUGGAGCUUUGUCAUAUCUACAUUCAGCUGCUUCAAUACCAAUUAUCCACAGAGAUAUCAAGAGUGCUAACAUUCUCUUAGAUGAAGACAACACUGCCAAAGUAGCUGAUUUUGGAGCUUCAAAAUUAGUACCACUUGACCAAUCUGAAAUAGCCACAAUGGUGAAAGGAACUAUUGGUUACUUAGACCCAGAGUAUAUGCUCACGAGCCAAUUGACGGAAAAAAGUGAUGUAUAUAGCUUUGGGGUAGUUCUUAUGGAGCUGCUAACAGGGGAGAGACCUUUUAGUUUUGGUAGGCCAGAAGAGAGAAGAAAUCUUGCUACAUAUUUUCUGUCCUGCUUCAAAAAGGAUAACGUGUUUGAAAUUAUUGAAGAUGGUAUGUUGAAUGAAGAAAACAAACAAGAGAUAAAGGAGGUAACUGAUCUUGCGGCAAAGUGUUUGAGACUAAGAGGGAAGGAAAGACCAAGCAUGAAGGAAGUGGCUAUGGAAUUGGAAACAAUGAUCUUAAAUGUAGAGGGGAAUCAGCACUAUGAAGAUAUUGAUUGA